AUGACAACUCGGGCAACCCAAAUCUCGACUCUUGUUGAGGAAAUCGCAAAUGAUCCAAACCUCCAAGAAGAUUUGAAAAUUUUACCCUCAAAUUACACUUUUGAAGUUCCAAAAACAAUAUGGAAAAUCCGAUCGACCAACAGCAAAUAUGUUGCUCUUCAAUUUCCGGAAGGUCUCAUCAUGUAUGCAUGUGUUAUUGCUGAUAUCCUGGAAAAGUAUACCGGUUCUGACACUGUCAUCAUGGGAGAUGUUACAUAUGGGGCGUGUUGUGUCGAUGAUUACACUGCGAAAUCAAUGGGAUGUGAUCUUCUGGUUCACUACGGACAUAGUUGUUUAGUUCCAAUUCAAAAUACCGACGGGAUUGCAAUGCUGUACGUCUUCGUUAAUAUUCAUAUCAAUUUGUCUCAUUUGAUCGACUGUGUAAAGGAUAACUUCCAGGGAAAACGUCUGGCUGUUGUCAGCACUGUCCAAUUCAUUCCAUCUCUUCAAACACUUCGAGCGAAUUUUAACAACGAAGAUAGUUCGAUUCGAAUCGAAAUUCCCCAAUGUAAACCACUGUCACCUGGUGAAGUUCUUGGCUGCACAUCACCUCGAUUAGAUGCUGCGAAUUUUGAUGCGAUUGUAUAUCUUGGAGAUGGCAGAUUUCAUCUUGAGUCAAUUAUGAUUCACAACCCAACUAUUGAAGCGUUCCAAUAUGAUCCAUACUCCAGAAAACUAACAAGAGAGCUGUACGACCAUGAUUUAAUGCGAAAGAAUAGGAUGGGGUCUAUUGAAGUCGCAAAAAGAUGUAAAAAGUUUGGACUGAUUCAAGGAACACUGGGACGACAAGGAAAUCUCAAAGUUGUUGAAGAAUUAGAAGAACAAUUAAAAAGAAAAGGCAAACAAUUUUUGAGAGUUUUACUCUCCGAAAUUUUUCCAGAGAAACUGGCUAUGUUCCCAGAAGUUGAUUGCUGGGUGCAAGUGGCUUGUCCCAGAUUAUCUAUCGACUGGGGGACUCAAUUCCCCAAUCCGUUACUCUACCCAUUUGAGCUGGCAGUGGCUCUAGACAAUAUUGCUGUACCUGGUGACCACUGGCCGAUGGAUUAUUACUCAAACGAUUCUCUAGGCCCAUGGACAAACAACCAUGAAUCUAACCGGCCUAAACGCGAGAAACGAAAACCACAUAUUGUAGUACGCGCAGAAGCGUCCUGA